AUGAAUGGAGAUUCAAGACUCUCGACGAUUUCAGUGGUCGGGAUGGGUGGCCUAGGGAGGACCAUUUUGGUAAAGAAAGUGUAUGAUAGCCAACAGGUGAAGAAACAUUUUCAAACAUUUGCUUGGAUCACUGUCUCACAAUCAUUCAAACCGGAGGAUCUACUCGGAAGCAUGAUAAAUCAAUUCUUCGAGGAAAAGAAAGAUCCAUCUCCUCAAGGAGUAGAUGUGAUGACACAGGUCGGGCUAAUCAAAGUGUUACGAAGGUACUUGCACAACAAAAGGUAUGUACUUGUUCUUGAUGACGUAUGGCAGGCACAUGUAUGGAAUUUCAUAAGAAAUGCAUUGCCUCCCAGUGGAAAUGGUAGCUGGGUAAUGAUCACAACACGCAAAGGUGACGUUGCAUCAUCUUCUCGUAUUGGACCUUCGGAUCAUAUCUACAAUCUUCAACCUCUGCAUCCAAAAGAGGCGUGGUCUUUCUUUUGUAGGAAGGCAUUCCAAUCAAAUGAGGAGAACAGUUGUCCUCAUGAAUUGGAGAAGCUUUCUCGAAGUUUUGUUAAUAAAUGCCGAGGAUUACCACUUGCAAUUGUCACAUUAAGUAGUCUUCUAUCAAUUUAA